UCGAUUUGAAUGAGAGGGAUGCAGUUUUAUUCACCACAGCGAGUCCUGAGCAGAAUGCGCGUCAGGGACUUGCUGGGAUGCAUUUUCGUGGUCACCUUUUCCGUGUACGCGGUUUAUACCAUACUUUGGGUCAUUGACGAUAUCAUGCUAACGAAUCUCGACCUAGAGGGUGAACCCAACGAAGACUCCGACGACCAGCAAUGUCCAAAGGUUGGCGAGGGCCCCAAGGGCAUGGUGGUGACGGCGGUCGUGGCCGCCGGAGAACCGUUGCCGGCCGUGGCGAUGCGCUACCUCGGUGUGUGGGCCCUGGCGCGCAAGGAGGGUGCCAUGCCGGCCUUUCCCCAAUCCGCACUCGAAAUUCUGCGCGAUGCGUUCGCCAACCUGAGCGUCGUUGGGCUGGAACAAGUGGUUGACCAGUGCAACGCCAGCCACUUGCUGCAGGAGUUGGACGCGGCCGGCCCUGAGGGCAACCGAGCCGACCUGCUGAAGAAGUCGGCCUACAAUAGAAAAAGCGCCCAGCUUUUGGUCAUCGGCGACAAACUGCUGGUCAACGAACUGACCGAAGCGUGGCGUUCCUUGCCGGCUGUGCUCACGUUCAAACGCAGCCUGAAGGAGAAAGCCAGGAGGAUUCUGCAGCGAGCCGCAAACGCCAUUGAGGACAAGGGGCACCACAACCGUGUAGAAUUCAUCGGCGUGUUGGCAAUGCCCGGGGCAAAAAAUUCCUCAUCUUUCUUCAUCCAAGCGCUGGCAAUGAUGCGUUUCAGGCUGACCGGCCUUGGGGCGCCGCUGUUCGUGAUUGUGUGUGGCGCCGACGACGGCAGCUGGUGCUCAGCCAAUAUUCCAGGCGGCGCCGACGUGUUGCACGCAUCGCCGCGCGCCGACUCUCCACUCGGCAUGGCUCUGCUCGCGGCCUGCAAUCACUCUGUGUUCGCGUUCGGCGCCACCGGAGUUGGCGCCGCGCUGCGCACGCGGGACGGCUCAAACUUUGUUUACCACUUCGGCGGUUCACUCACUGAAAGGAGGGAUAUGCUCAGAUUCGUGCAACGUGUCAAACCUCCGUGGUUCCAGUUGGAAUUUUAGUUUCUUGUUUAAUGCCAAAGGCUUGCAAGUUAUAUCCGUAAUUAGACGAAAUUUUAGUACUGUUAAAGAAGUCAUGUAAAAUCUGAUUUAUUAUAUUUUUCUAUUAUAAAUUUUGUUUUAUAAAGUUCUUACAUGGAUAUAUUACAGGAAAAUUUACGAAACAUAGUGUAGCUAAAAAUGCGUAAUUUUUGUCUAAUAUGUACCAUGAAAAAUGGGGAAACAAUAAUGCUUUUGUUAAUCUCAGAUAAAAUCUGAAUAGUUUUUAUGUAUAAAAAAUCUGCCCGUUUGUAUAUCCAGUAAAAAACCUUAGGAUGUUGAUUUGAUCAUUUUUCACACUCAUAUAAGUAACCAAUUCGGUGAAUUCAGCAAAAUUUCUAGUAUCUCUACAAUUUAUUUUACAAAAAUGUACAAAAUAUUAUUUCUUAUUUUAAUCGCAAAAUUGGUUAAUCACAGCGUAGAAAAAUUGUCAAAUCCGACAUUUUAAAGGUCGAUUGCCCAAAAUUAGACACCAAACUCGCUUUUACUGUGACACUGAAUCAACGCUUUCUCGAAAACUCGUCUCACAAGGCAAGGGGGUGAUAUUAAUGAAUAUUUUAGGGCUGAAAACUGUCAAGAUUGGUUAUAAUUUGUGAGGCAUUAAAGGUAAAAUCCAAGCUAAAAAACAUUUUUUGAUACAUACAUUUUUUGCGGGGGGAAAUCCACGUUCUAAAUUAUUAAAAAAUUAUUUAACUUAAAAAUAGACUGUAGACCAAUUCAACUUACUUUAUGGCUACAUUUCGAGCAAAAUAUAUCACCUUUGUGGGCACGUAUAUUACGUGCAAAGAUGAAACAGCGAGAACGGCUUGUUUGCCACACCUUAUUAGGUGGAGGACCGUUGUCAAAUUUGACCUGUGACCUUGGGGAUGAACUCAAAAUGAAAAAUCGGAAAUUUAACUGUUUCACGGUCCUGAUUUCUUUAUUGCACGUAUGUAGUAGAGAAACUGUCGCUAUAGAUGCUAAAUUUCACAAACUAACAAUAUAAUAUAUCAUACUCAAUGAACUAUGUAAUUGAUUUAUUUUUACACGUAUACGAAUUUUCCUAUAUAUUGUCAUGUUGCUGGAUGCGCGUAGCUCAGCAACCAAACUCAAUUUUUGGUCAACAAAUCAUUUCAACAAUUAAAAUUUGAGUGUUUGUUGAGCUAUGCGCAAUUUUACUGGCACCCUGAAAAUACGUGUUUCCUAUCGUGGAUUUUUUUCACAAAUUUAGUAGUGUUAAACAGAAAACUUGAAAAUUGAAUGGGUGCUCUUGGCCGUCCUUAAACAUCUGAAGCAACCCUAAAAUGCUGAUAUUUGACACAUUAUAGUGGAUAGGAAAGAUUUCACACUAAAAUCAAUUAAUCAUUUUUCACAGUUACGUGCUCCCCAAGUUUGUUAUUGCUUAAUUCAACUUAAAUUGAUUGUAACAAUAAUUUCCACCAAAAAACUGUAUUCCAAGUUUUAUAAGAAUUUGUAUAAAAUUGUGUCUGCUUGAUACCGCCAAGAAAUGAAAUCUCAUUUUUUUCAGCUCACACGGCGCAGAAAAUGUGCUGUUUUAAAUUCAGGUCACAGCCUUGCGCAAUUAACAGUAACUAUAAAAAACGAUCUCGGUGGCAUUCAGCGUGGAGAAGGUUACGCGGGGGUGCAUAAAAUGCGCGUGCACUGACCUUAGACACCCCCUGGCGCGGGGCCGGGGCGGCUCUCGGGGGUGGUUGGGGUUAUCUCGGUCACCUAGGCGACGGCGGCGAGCGUGUUUGUCCGCGCUGUGCUGCUGAUUGUGUGUGUGAGAGAGAGAGAGAGAGCGAGGAGA